AUGGCCGCAAGACCUCCACUCGACCCUUCUCAACCCACACACUGGAUCCUGGACUGGGAUGGCACAAUAACCCGACGCGACAGUCUCGAUGCGCUCGUCAGUAUCGCAGCUUCUUCCAAGCCCAACUCGCCUGUGCUUGAGGAAUGGAAACGCGUUUCAGAAGCCUACAUGUCCGACUACAUCGCUGCGAUGGAGAAGCUUGCACCCGGCGGCAAGCUACCGAGGACCGUACAAGAUGAGAAGAAGCUGCUUCAGGCUCUUGCGAGUGUGGAGCAGGCGAGUCUCGACCGUGUAUCUGAAUCGCAAAUAUUUGCAGGCCUGACUAGGAAGCUUCUAGAUGAAGGUGCCAAAAGUCUCAUCGACUCAAAGAAGGUUGAGAUGCGCAAUGGAUUCGCUCAAUUCCUGAAGUUAAGGCAAAGCCGAGGUCAUGACGGUUUGGAUCUUCUGAGUGUCAACUGGAGUCGUCACUUCAUCAGCUCCUGUCUGAGAGCUGCAGGGGCACCUGUGGAGAAAGGUGCAAUCAAUGCCAACGAGCUUGGCGGCAUUGAAAGGGACCUAGUGUCAAAUGGCAAGAUCAGUCCCGAGGAGGACGCGGAGAUGUUGAUCAUCUCCAGUGGUGACAAGUUAGAACACAUGGCGCGGUUACGGAAGCCGGCUUGCGAGUCCAGAAAUUCGAGUCUCGACUCUAGCAGACCGAUUGUAUAUAUUGGGGACAGCUGGACAGAUAUUGAAUGCCUUCUUGAAGCAGACUUGGGUAUUUGCAUCCGCGAUGAGCCACUCGGCAGCUCACAGAGAAAGCUAGCUGAACGAUUGCAAAGUUUGGGCAUCCACUGUCCUCAUUUGCAUGACUGGAAAAAAGCAGAUGAGCGGCAAGUGGUGUGGGCCAGGAACUUCACUGAGAUCCAAGCGUGGAUGGAAGCACAGCAAGCAAGAAAGGUCUAA